UAAACCAUGGGGCCAGCCCGCGCACGGCUCGUCCUCUUCGCCGCCGUGGCAUUGCUGUUUACCGGCCUCCCCCCGCAGGCGUUAGGGAAGGCAGGUGGUGGUGGUGCCGUCAACCCGCAGGUCGCCGGCAUCUGCUCUAAAACCCCGUUCCCGGAAGUGUGCAAGUCCACAGCCGGGCGGCAUGCGACCAAAUAUCCGGUCAUCGACAACCUGGCCGUGCUUAACAUGCAGGUAGACGCGUUCUCCAAGCGCACUGCGCAGGCCCGGAAGCACGUCACCAAGUCGUCCCGCACUAUCCCACCGGCGCAGGCGCAGGCCCUUACAUUCUGCGACACCAUGUACAUGAACACCCAGGACACCAUCGGUGCAGCGCAGCGGGCAAUCACGUUCAAGGACACGGGCACCGCGAAGAUCAUGCUGCAGCUCGCCGUCCAGGAUUUCGAUUCGUGCGACCGGCCGUUCACUCAGGCCGGUGUCCCCAACCCCAUGGGGAAGUUCGAUAAGGAGCUAAACCAGAUGGCCAAUAACUGCAUGACGCUUGCAAACAUGAUCUGAGCC